AUGCUGAACCCUAACAACUUAAUUCCUAAGCCCUCUGUUGGACGAAGUGAAUAUGGUCGUGUUAAAGUUGCUCUUCCACCGGGAAAGGGACUUAUGGAUUGGGUUCGCUUAACAGCUGGGAAGUCACUCUCAAAGAAACGUUCUGGAAUUGAUAAUGAAGAAAUGUCAAAACAUUCGUCACAAGACGAUUGUUGGGUCAUUUUGUUCGGCCAGGUUUAUGAUGUUACCAAAUACUUGGACUUUCACCCUGGAGGGAUUCCCGAGUUGAUGAGGGCAGCCGGGCGAGAUGGAACUCCGUUGUUUAAUCAGUAUCACGCUUGGGUAAAUUAUGAAAACAUGCUGAAGGCUUGCUUAGUUGGCCCUUUCACAGGGGAAUUAAAUAAAUUACCUCCGUGUGGUCCUUCAACUAUUGAUGAAUCACCUGUGAGCUCACCGAACCUGAAUACUUUCUCUGUUCCCAGGAAUUUAUCUGAAGAGAACCUUGUUAAGCUCGAAUUAAACGAACAAAUACUUUAUAUAAGUAGCACAUAUUGGAAUGAAAUUACUACAAAAAACAUUAUAAUUAAUUUCUCCGAACUUCAGUCACAUUUACGAGUAUUGGUUAGGCCAUUUGAAAAACCUUCUAUAGAAAUUGUUAUUCCUGUUUACAACAAUUCACUCUACACUUCAUUCUAUACGGUUUCUGUUGUUUCUGAUCGAAUUAUUGUUCUCUUUGAUUAUGAGAAAAAUGACCUCAAUCUAGUCUUGAAUAUAAAAGGGAAAAUAGUGAAAAAGAGACCGACCGUGCAAUACCAUAGGGGCCUCAUUAGAAGCGUUAAAAAUCUCUCUCAUGACACUCUGCUUUACGACAUCGCUCUACCAAAAAAUGUGUACUUCGAUAUGCCUCUAGGACAUCACGUUUCUGUUAAAAUCAGAAAAGGAAAUGCCACUCUCUAUCGUCCUUACACACCAGUCUGCUCUGUUUUGCCGCAGGAAACUCUGUUGGGAUCUUUGCAAUUCCUUAUCAAAAUAUAUUCUGAUGGGAUUUGCACCCCAACUUUAGGAAAAUUAAAAGAAGGAGAUGUUUUUGAGCUUAGUGAUGCUAUUGGCGAUAUCGAUGUAGAUGCUUUAAUAGGAACUGAAAAAUCACUAGUUUUACUUGCUGCUGGAACAGGCAUAACCCCCAUGAUCCCUAUUAUUCGUCAUAGAUUAUCGCAAGCAAUAAGGCCCCCAACAAAGCUAUUGUUCUAUAACAAAACUGAGAAAGAUAUACCAGAUGAAUGUGUGAUGCCGGUGAAAUAUAAAAAUGAUGUGAUCGAGAUUUCUCACAUACUUUCAAGCCCUUCUUCUGAGUGGACUGGUCUGAGUGGCAGGAUCGAAAGCUCGCAUCUGCCUAUCAUUGACAACCAAACACAAUUCUUACUUUGUGGGCCAGACGGUUUUAUAAAUUCGGCUCUUAGAAUUCUAGAAGAGAUAGACUGCAAGAAAUGUAAUAUUCAUGUAUUUCAAGGAUGA